AUGGAUCGGUAUAGAGCUCCUACUAUGGCCUCACCACAGCCUACACCAAUGGCCGAAGGCAAAAAGCUCAGAAGGAAGUUGCAGAAGAUCGGCAACCCACAACGCUACAGUCUCCCUGUGACUAGCAGCAGUGCCAAGAGUUUCGAGUCCAUUGGCUUCAUCAAAUCCAUUUUUGCCCACAGGAGAGUUGAAUCAGAUAGAGUGAUCCCGCCGACUAUACCAUCGCCUGACUUGGACGACUCUAAAUGGACCGACUAUCUACGGACAAGCGGAUACGUUCCUAACCUUGCCAGUCCACCACUCCCGCAAUCCUCUCAAGAUACACUCACACCGCCGGCUCAUAUCAUUCCCGAACUCGCCCACCUCAGCAUCGGCAAUGCGAGAUCAACAGGAUCCUCAGAAACUCUUUCUUCGGAUGGGCCGUCGACCCCUUCGACGUCUUCAGUAGCAUCGGCAGUAAGGCGGUACGCAAAGACGCCGGUGACCAGGAUAGGCCAACUGGAAGGAGUAUCAGUCUGGGAACCUGUCGAGGCGCAGGACAUUCUGAGCGCCGAAGCGCUCGCAGAGUCGUACAGAGCCUUGCUGAACUCCCGUUCUUCCUUCAUGGAGUCGAGGUAUUCCACGCCGAUGCAGUCAUUCGAUGAAGAGCCGCCUCGUUCCAUUCCAACACCAUACGGCAUUCCGGGCGAAUUCCCCGUCGAAUUCCCCGUCGAAAGGACGAUGCACCUCCCGUUUAACCCAAAGACGGAGAUGGAGUCGCCAACGUCGUCCGACGGGACGCUGGUCGGGUUCGAGGAGGAUGCGAUCUACUUUAAACCCGUGUCCUUCUCCCCUGAGCAAUCUACCUCACCUUGCCCGAUCGUGUUGGAGGAAAACCGGAACGGAGUCAAGUCAGCAACACCCGCGCCGACAGAUAAUCACAGUAUGCAGAUCAUUUUUGAUCUGCUUACGAAGGAGCUAUCCUCGGCAGCAAGUGGCAAUCGGAUCCGACCAAGUGCUGAGACGUCCGCAUUGCAGAUCUGGAUCAUGAUCGAGGCCUACGAGAAGCUGAGGGAGCAAGUGGACGAGAUGGCCCUAGAAGCCUCUCAUGCCAACUCCAUGCAAGCGAUGUUGAGUACGUGGUUACGGGCGUUGUAUGCUGUUCACGACCGGAUGACGGGGAACGAUGGACAGCGCAGUGAGAGUGACUAUGGCGAUCUGGAACCCGAGGGUUUGGACUGA